CAUCGAUAAAUGAUUGCGAGGAAGAAGCAGAGUUUGUUGUGGGCGACAAUCUUAAGACGAAUUUACCAGCAGAAUAUUAGCUAAUCUAGCAAAUUAAAGUUAGUCAAACCAUCGGCAGACAUGGCGAAAAUGGCAUUCCAGCACCAGGCCGGCACGGCGAUGGAGUGCUUAAGCAUUCCCAUCACGCUGCACAAGGAGAAGGACUACGACCAGGAGGGGCGCGAGAUCCUCAAGUGCGGCUUCAAGAUCGGCGGCGGAAUUGACCAGGACUAUAAGAAAAGCCCUCAGGGAUACACGGAUUAUGGCAUCUAUGUGACCGAGGUGCACGAGGGCAGUCCCGCCGCCCGAGCAGGUCUGCGGAUCCACGACAAGAUCCUGCAGUGCAACGGCUACGACUUCACCAUGGUCACCCACAAGAAGGCCGUGAGCUACAUCCGGAAAAACCCGAUACUCAACAUGCUGGUGGCCCGCAAGGGCGUGACCUCCACAUAAGUGGUGCUCGGAGCAGGGUCUCCACAGACUACAGCAGUAUUUAAGCGGCAUUUAAACUAUCCCCUCCACCGGCCUCUGGGCCAAGGAUCUCUUUGCCUACUGCAACCUAUGCGAAUACUUAGAACUACCAUAUUAUACAUAUUAAUUCAUUACGUAUGCAUAUCGCACACACAUGUAGCCAGACGUAAAUGUAGCACCUAGUAAUGCUUCUUGUUGAAUUCGAUUUCUUUGCCCCUCCAUCACUUGUUGAACGAAUCGCCAAGCUCCUAAGCGUAGAACAGAUUGCCAAAUACCGAUACAAACAAACACUCCCAGAAACAACAGGCUCGAAUAUAAACAAUUUUGUACUUUUAUACGUGCAGACCAUUCCAAAACCAAACAGAAGCAGCAGACGAACGCAGAGUUGUUGAAAGAAACAUACAUUCAUAGUACAUACUUGUGAUAAAUGACUAACUGUGCAGAUAUGUGCGAAGAAGGCGCAUCACUUAAGUUUAAAAUUGAGUUUUUAAUGUUAUAUUGCAUUUGAAUAAAUGUUUGCUAAAUGAAUAUGCGA